AUGAUCUUCAACACGUUCACUCAUGCGGCUCUGCUUGCGUCCCUGUUUUCAAGCGCGAAUGGCUCGCCUUUCCCCCUCACGACCAGGAACGGCGGCAUAGCUGUGUUGGAUGUAUUUGUUCCUUCAAGCCGUAACGAUGACAAGUUUUACAACGUCAACGUUACCUUUAACGGACAAGCCGUUCCAGUGAUGAUUGACACCGGCUCCGGAGACCUAUUCGUCGCCUCCAACGAAUGCCCUACGGAUGAUGAUCAGGAUGGAUGCUUCGGCCUCACUUCAUCAUACGUAAUCAAGCCAAACGACACCAUCCUGUCCAACGAGACAUUCUUCACAAUCGUGGGAGAAGGGGCCGUUUAUGGAAACCAAUCUCUUCUGCGGACCGACUUCGGCGGGCUCUCGAUACCUGAUCUUGCCAUUGGCUUGGUCUACGAGUCGGCCCUGAAGGAAUUCCAAAACGACUCUUUCAGCGGCAUUUUUGGCCUCAAUAUGAGAGCCGUUAGCCGUCAGCUACACUUCAACAACAGGCUGCCGCCGAUGGAUGUGCUCUUGGCGACUGAGAAGCUGAGAGAGCCCAAGUUCUCACUCAGUUUUCCGCGUCUUGGGGACCCCGACUCUGCAGAAGUUGGCAAGUUGACGCUGGGAGGACUCGGAGAAGAGGCUGCCGGUCACGAUGUUACUUACGGGCCGGUAUACAGCACGCCAAACUACAACUAUGAUGACUUUCCGCUCGAUCGCCAAGGAUGGACGGUCCAUCUCGAAGGCGUCCGGGUCAAUGGCGUCGAAAUCAAAAUGAGGGCCGGCGUGUUACUGCCAGACGGCAAGUAUCUUUCAAUGAUCGACUCUGGAGGAUCCUUGAUGUACUUUCGUCCAGAGGAACUGGACGCCAUUGCUGCCCAGUUCAAGGGUCCGAUCCUCUAUCCAGGCAACCGAGAUAUAUACUUCGACUGCUCAAUCCCGCAGCUGAUGGAACUGAAGUACUUCGGCGAGUGGUAUGCGGUGGAUCCGCUGGAUCUUGUGAUCCCCAGCGAUCAUGGAUUGGUCAACGGCACAGAAUACUGCCAUGCUGCUCUGGGACAGUGGACGCGGACGUUUGGCGACUCCAUCAUCGGUCUCCCCUUUCUCCGCUCUGUUUUCUCCGUCUUCGACUACAUCUCCAACGACCUGGUUCCUCAACCACGCGUAGGAUUUGCAAGUCUGGUUGACGGCGCCGAUGCUGUUGCUAGAUAUUCUAAUGUCUUACCCUCCCGUCUAUUGUAG